UUCUUCUUAUCCUUCCUGACCUUAUCUGCGACAUCAGCUAUUGCAUCCCAUCCGUAUCGGUACUAUCUCAAAUCGAACAAUGGGUAUUACCUGUCGUCUUCGAUGACAUAUAACGGGCACAUCAACUACGUCCUCUUGGCCGGCGAAUCGCUCGCUCAACCUCUAAAUCUUUAUACCGGAGACGGGUCAAUUACAGUCGAGACCAGUAAUGUCAUUGGCGCAAGCUCCCAGGCACCUUUGCUUCUCUCAGACAAUGCUGGAAUCUCUGAAACAUACAAGCAAGUGAUUCUUGGUGAACAAAAAUCAGGCACCUAUACCAAGGACUUUUCAUUUGCCGAUGACGGCGGGUUGGGCCUCAAAAAGGACGGUUUCCAUGGAUUUGUUGCGUGCACGGCAUCGAAGGACGUCAAACAGCUAUAUUGGGCGACGGUAGAUGGGGAUGUCCCUGUGUGUUGUGAGAAGGUUUCGUUUACGAGGCAGUGGUAUUUG